AUGGCAGGUGGAAACUUUCGCGCACGUCUCGUCUUUCCGCCAAACUAUCCACUGAUGCCACCAUCCCUGACCUUCCAGACCCCGAUUCCUUUCCACCCCAAUAUAUACCCAGACGGCCGGCUGUGCAUAUCUAUUUUGCACCCACCAGAGGAGGAUCAGUACGGCUACGAGGCUGCAUCUGAACGGUGGAGUCCUGUGCAGAGCCCUGAAACAAUUUUGUUGAGCACCAUCAGCCUCUUCCACGGCCCCAACGACGAGUCACCCGCCAACGUGGAGGCCGCACGCAUGUUUCGCGAGGAGCGCGAAGGCAAGAACAAGGAUUUCAGAAGGAGGUGUCGUGCCUGUGUGAGGGAGAGCUUGGGCGAGGACUAA